AUGGGAAUUCUCUCCUGGUUUCUCCCUAAUGGGAGGGUAUCGUUCCAUCAUGCCGGGAAAUCUGUCAUCUUAAAGCGGAAACCACAGAAGAAAGGCCCCGGAGUGGACGAGUCGAAAUACAUCUCCCUUGCUGACCUCUGCAAGUCUGCAACACCCGCUGAUUGCCAGCUAAAUCCUUUCUUGUUCAAUGGGCAUCUGCAGACGGCGUGGACCCUUAUGAGAACAGAUGAUAUCCCGGUUUACUACAAGCGAUGGCGGUUUGAAGGAGACAGUCCCGACUAUCGUGGGAGCUUUGAAGUGGAUUUUGUUGUUCCGCCUUACGACGUCAAUAAGACAAGCAAUUCCCUUACUUCUGCGCAGUCAGAUAAUGGCACGUUUGAAUCUUCUACUCCACCAGACUCAACACACCCAUCUCCCCGCACAAGCUUCUUUACAAAGGAAGAAUUCUCAGCCCUCCCGUCUGAUGAUAAGAAGCCCAUGCUUGUUGUCUUACAUGGCUUGUCCGGUGGAUCGCACGAACCAUACCUACGAAAUAUAGUCGAUCCGCUCCACAAGCAAGGCUGGGAAGUAUGUGUUGUUAACUUCCGAGGAUGUGCAAAUUCAAAGGUUACAAGUUCGAUAUUAUACAAUGCGCGCGCAACUUGGGAUGUCCGACAGACCGUACGUUGGUUACGGAAGAACUUUCCUUCCCGCCCUUUAUUUGGAAUUGGAUUCUCACUGGGCGCAAAUAUCCUGACAAACCUCACUGGCAUUGCAAAGGACCUGGGUGGGAUUGCAGAUAUAUUCUAA